AUGGGCUACGGGUACGUGGAUCCCUUCCUGCCCCCGCAGCAGCAGCAGGCGGCGUACGUCGCGCCGCAGGCGCAGCCGGCUCCGCGGCCGCCGGCUUGCCCGUACUCGUCGUCCGCCUCCGCUCCGCCGGUCUCUGCGUCCUACCAUUCUUCGCCUCCACCGGUAAGUAGCCCACCUCCGGCGUCCCCUUUGCCGGAGCCAUCGCCGCCGCCUCCUGCACCAUUGCCGCCGUCGCCGCCGCCCGCCGCCACCGGCAUUGUCGCCUCCUCCGCCAGACGCUCCCCCUCCGUCGCUUCCACCGUCACCGCUGCCAUAUCCAACCCCGUCACCGCCUCAAGCCCCGCCGCCCCCGCAGGCGACGGACCAGCCGCGCGUUCAGCCCCGCGUAUACCCAUCACCGCCACCGCCGUCCCUUCCUCCGCCGCCGCCUCCCACCGUCUCGCCGCCAUCGCCGGCUCCAUCCAACUCACCAUCGCCGUCGCCUGCCCCAGCUGCACAAGCUCCGUCUCCCGCGCGUGUUGCUGCCUAUUCGCCUCCCCCGCCAAGAAUCGCCCCUCCGCCGCCGCCGCACUAUCACGGCAAGUCGCAUUACACGCCGCACUUGCCCGUGAAGUCGCAUUCGAACUCGACCCACGCAGCUAG